AUGGGCAGGAAGAACCAGACAUGGGUGAGUGAGUUCAUUCUCCUGGGCCUGUCAAGCUGCUGGGAGACUCAGGUCUCCCUCUUCUUCCUUUUCCUGGCCAUGUACCUGGUGACCAUGCUGGGGAACUUUGUCAUCCUCUUCCUUAUCAGACUGGACAGCAGCCUAAACACACCCAUGUACUUUUUCCUCGGUGUCUUGUCAUUUGUGGACAUCUGUUACACCAACAGCACUGUCCCUCAAAUGCUCGUUCAUUUCCUCACAGCCCGGAAAACCAUCCCAUUCCGCAGCUGUGUGCUCCAGCUCUGUGUGUCCCUGGCAUUGGGCGGCUCCGAGUUCCUCCUGCUGGGAGCCAUGGCCUAUGACCGCUACGUGGCGGUGUGCCACCCGCUGCACUACACAGCCAUCAUGCAUGGAGGGCUGUGCCUGCGGCUGGCUGCCAGCUGCUUGGGGGCUGGUUUCAUGAACUCACUGAUGGAAACGGCCAUCACCUUUCAGCUACCUUUGUGCCGUAAUGUUAUUAAUCACUUUGCUUGCGAGACGUUGGCUGUGCUGAGGCUGACCUGUGUGGACAUCUCCUUCAACAUGGCCAUGGUGGCCGUCUCAGGAUUUCUGGUGAUCAUGCUUCCCUGUUCCCUGGUCCUCUUCUCCUAUGGUCAUAUAGUUGCUGCCAUUCUGCGUAUUCGCUCUGCCCAGGGGCGUAGCAAAGCCUUUGGGACCUGCGCCUCCCACCUCACUGUGGUGUCCAUGUGCUUUGGGGCUACCAUCUUCACCUACCUGGGGCCACGGCCGGCUUCCUCAGUGCAACAGGAGAAGAUGGUUGCUUUAUUCUAUGCUGUGGUGGCACCUAUGUUGAACCCCUUGAUCUACAGCCUGAGAAAUAAGGAAGUUAUGGCCGCUCUCCAGAAAGUUUUAGAGAAGCUCAGAGAUAACAGAUAA